CGGAAGUGCUUUCCCUACUUCAGAUAUGACGAAAUUAUUCUGCGACAACGAAGUAAAGACGAUUUUAUAAAGUUAGCCAGCAAGCUAACUCGCUUUCUGUUAUUUAAAGGUCAGCAAGCUAAGCUGUUUCCACAUCUUAAACUGGUCCCACAUUCAGGAUGAUCGACACAGAGAGGGGAGUUGGUGAUGAUGGUCCAGCUGAACCCAGCAGUAAGAGCAUGGAGCUGGAGAAAAAGAAGAGGUCCCGUGUCAAACAGCUGAUGGGGGACGUGAAGAAGCAAGUGGAGUUCUGGUUCGGAGACGUCAACCUUCACAAGGACCGCUUUCUCAAGAAACUCAUCGACGAGUCAGACGAUGGAUAUGUCGACGUAUCGGUAUUGGCGAGCUUCAAUCGGAUGAAGAGGCUGACAACCGACACCAAGCUGAUUGCAAGAGCCGUGACAAAUUCAUCUGUCGUUGAGGUGAACCUCGAGGGAGAUAAAGUGAGACGUCAGUUACCGAUUGGAGACAUGCCGAGUAAUGUGGACAGCCGCACUGUCUACGUGGAACUUUUGCCCAAAUAUGUGUCGCACCGCUGGAUCGAGAAAGUUUUCACGAAAUGCGGGAAUGUGGUAUAUGUCAGCAUCCCAAGAUACAAAACCUCCGGAGACCCAAAGGGUUUCGGCUUUGUGGAGUUUGAGACAGAGGAGCAAGCACAGAGGGCCAUAGAGAUGCUCAACAACCCCCCUGAAGACGCUCCCAGGAAGCCUGGGUUGUUCCCCAAGUGCAAGAAAGGGAAGCCCCUCCCUCAUCCGGCCGACAAUCCUCAAUCAGGUGAAGAAGAGGAGAAGAAAAAGCGAAAGAAGAAGAAAAAGAGAGACAGUGCCACAGCGCAGACUUCCACUGAAGAAUCUAAAGAGCAGGAGAUGGAAGCAGAGCCGUCUGAGCACAAGAGGAAGCGCUCAUCAACGGGGGAUUUUAAAUCGGAGGACCCUGGCACUCUGAAGACACCGGACAAACUGUCGGAGAAAAAAAGACGACGGUCGCAGACAGCAGAGGGACCUGAAAGCGAAAUACCAUCCAAGAUGAGGAAGACGAGUAAAUGUGAAGCUGGAGAGAAGGAGAAAGAUUCAACAAAGACGGACCCGCCCAGUAAGAAUGACACAGAGCGAGGUGAUGAGGACGGGAAAGAAAACGGAGAUGAUUCCACAGUUAAAGCAAAGAGGAAGAGAAAUAAGAAACACAAGGAGAAACUGAAAAUCGAAGAAGAAGUCAUCCCACUCCGGGUUCUGUCGAAGAAAGAGUGGCUCGAGUUGAAGGAUGAGUAUCUGACCCUGCAGAAGAAAAGCAUGACGUCCCUGAAGAUGUGCAUUAAUCAGAUCCAUCACCAGGCGCCCAAGAAAGUGGUGGAGAAGAAGGACGAUCCUAAAGAAGAACACAUUGAGAAGAAUGAAAAAGAGAGUGAAAAAGAGAGUGAAAAAAGUGAGAAGGUGAAUAACCAGGGCCCUCAGUAUACGAGCGGAGUCAUCCUGAAGAUCACAGACAGCAAGCCGCUGCCGGCCAGGAAGGUCAUCAAGGAUGCUCUGUCCAAAGUGUCCCCUGUGGCGUACAUCGACACGCUGGAUGGAGAUUCUGAGGGUCACAUCCGCUUUCACACCCCCGACGACGCAAAAGCUGUGAGUGACGUGAGAGCAGAGCUGCAGAAAGAGCACAGCUGGGCGCUCGAGGUCCUCUCAGGUGAUCAUGAACAACGGUACUGGCAGAAGAUCUUAGUGGACCGACAGGUGAAACUGAAUCGCCCGAGGGAGAAGAAGAGGGGCACAGAGAAGCUCAUAUCCAAAGCCGAAAAAAUCAUCCUCGCCCGGGCCAAGGAGGCCACUAAGCACAUCCGUUUCCAGGAAGACUGACGACUUUUUGACCACAAACACGAUGAACUAUGUGGACUUCACUCGAAGGGGACUGUUGAUGUUUAUGUGAACUAGCUGGAGGAGAACUGAAUGCAAAAUUUAAUGAAUUACGUGUUAAAAUGUGUCCUUUUUUUGUUAGCACUGGAGCACCCAAGAUGAUAUGGAAGGCUGAUAUGCAUAUGGACAAUUUGGCCACAUUUUAAAUGAUAGCUUUAAUGUUUUUUAAGAAAGCUUUAGUUGUAUAUGAUGUAAAUAUGAUUGAUUUGAAAGUUCUCCCAGUUCAGACGUGGACAAGUCCAAGCUUUUCCUUUUGAGGAUAUUUGUCUUUUUUUUAAAUAAAAUGUAAUUAUUUCAUUAUUAC